CUUUUGACGCUUAGCAUUCCUCCAUGCUGCCUGAGAGCCAAUUAUUACUUCACAGAAAGUAAAGCGCGUGAAAUAUAAGCUUUAAAUGCUAAAACACAAAUCAAAAUUCCAUCCACAAAUCCAAAACCCAUCCUUAAUUAUUACUCUUCAUCAUUCCUUAAUCACUUACUACUGCUCUACCCAUCUCGCCGGAGAAUAAAGAAACGAGCUUUCUUACCGUAACCGGUUGUUUUUGUCUCCUCUGCUCCAUUUUCCGGUCACGGGAGAAAAUUAAUCGAUGUUAAAUGGUGAGCCUUAGCACUUCGAUUACUUCUUGGAUCCGUCACCUUCUCGCUUGCAUUGGUGGUUGUUUUGGAUGCUGCACUAAACCCGCUCCAAUUAUUGCUGUGGAUGAGCCAUCAAAAGGAUUAAGAAUACAAGGGAGAGCAGUGAAGAAACCUAGCAUAUCAGAUGAUUUUUGGAGUACCAGCACAUGUGAUUUGGAGAACAGUGCCAUUCAAUCUCAAAGAAGCAUUUCAUCUAUCAGUGUAUCAAAUGUGAAUCUCAAAAAUGGCGUUGGUGCCGUGAGCAGCAAUUCUGACUUUGUCAACCAUGGACUUCUUCGCUGGCAACAAACAAGGCUACAAUGGAUUGGCAGUAACACUUCAACAAAUCAAACACGACGGAAAUUGGAAAGCAGAUUAAAUUGGAAUGCAACUUAUGAAGGUUUACUUGGAAGCAGAAAUCCUUUCCCCCGCCCUAUUCCUCUGUCGGAAAUGAUUGAUUUUCUAGCAGACGUAUGGGAGCAAGAGGGGUUGUAUGAUUGAAGGCUUUUCAUUCGGUAUCCCUCAUCUCUUUUAAGUUUGACUCGUAAGAGGCUUCUGCAAAUAGAAAUGGGGAAAAGAAUUGGAAAAAGCAAAUGUUUCUGUUCAAUUGUAAUAUGCCAUAUUAAUGUCAAUUCACUUUUUUUUUCUUGUGUAUUAUUAUUUCUACUAAUUCACAUACAUGCAAUUCGAUCC